AGAUGUUUUCAUGUUUUUACUCGACUCCAUGCGUAUCGUAUUAAAAUCAGCGAUUGAUAUUAAAAUCAAUUCGCUUUACUUUGUUUAUUGCAACUGCAAACAAAUGUGGCAGAAUUACAUCUAGUCCCUAUUCCGUCAAAGUUAAGUUUCAGAAUGAGUUGUGUACAAUGUGGAGAACAAUCGAAAUACAAAUGUCCAAAGUGCAGACAACCUUACUGCUCAGUAGCAUGCUGCCAAAAACAUAGGGAAACUCCAUGCGAAGCUCCACCGAAACCAGAUGCUACAGAAUCAGAAGUGGUUAAAAAAGAAUAUGAGUUUCCUACUGAAGAUACUGUGCCUCAGGAAAAGUUAAAAUUAUUGGAGGAAUCAGCAGAUUUAAAGCAGUGCUUAGCAAAUCCACAUGUGCGUGAACUAUUGAAGGUUUUAGAUAGCUCACCCUACCCCGAUACAUUAUUUCAAGAAUACAUGCAAGAGCCCAUCUUUACAGAAUUUGUUGAUGCAUGCUUAAAAGUUGUACAACCCCCUGAAGAGGAUGACCAAAGAUGACUGUUUUAAAUUUGAGGCAACCCAGGCAAAUAUUUGAGAAACUCAUCUCUAACUCACAUUCUUUCUACCAUUACUAUAAAUAAUAAAAACUAUGAACUACUUAUAUCAAA